AUGCCCCUACCGCCUACCCUAAUAUCAGUUGAUGAUGAGCUAUUUGAAGAUGAAGAAGAGCCCAACGAGAAGGAGGAGCAACCUGGCAAAGAGAUCGGUGGAGAACCUGCUGACAGUUCACCCUACCAGAUUCAUCUUCCCACCAGGAUCAUGAAAAUCAUGCCUCGAACAAGGAGAAACCAAGGACAACCCAAAACCAAUCCCGAGCCUAUGAGCUCAACCGCGAUUAAGGAAUUAGUAGCCCAACAUGUAGUUGAUGCAAUAGAAAAUGUAGAAACAUUUAGGAACUUAGGACCAGGAGGCAAUGGAGGUAAGAGUUCAUAA